CAUUCCUCUCUCCCAUUCUUCUUGUUUAUUUGAAAGACAAACUUGCAUUUGUAUAUAAGGAACCAACCCCCUCUCUUCCUUUUGUUGUAAAAAUAGUCAUUAAUAAUGGGGCUUGACAUGAAAAAAUACCGCUCGUGGGCGACAACUACUGCAAGGAUGUCUACAACAACAUACAAGUUUUAUCAUCGUCGUCCUCAACACCAACAGUCGAAUGCAUUGCCACCACCGAUUUACCGACUCUCUGACGACGUAUUGCUAUAUUUGCUCUUAUGUCCUGAGCUCGAUUUCAAGUCGCUCUAUGCCAUAGCACAAGCAUCAAACCGGUUUCGUGGGCUAGUGUGCCAGCUCUUGCGAUUAUAUCUUUUGCCGGAUAUUCAGCUUACAACAAUGAUUGAUCAGGAGGGCCGAGGGCGAUGGACAUGCCGUUACAGUUUUGACUCACUUGAUGAAACCACAUUAAGUGCUACAUUUAUCCCUACAUCCACCAGCAGCGAUUCGAGCGGUAAUGAUCAUCAUCCUCGACGAGAGUACUGCUUUAAGCGAUAUCGGUGUGACGGGUCGUCAGACACUCCUACUCUAAGGAAGAUCGAAGUUUUACACGGUGACGACUUGAAAUCAUCAUCACUGUUCAUAAAAGAUACUCGCCGCUACCGAGAAAAGAAAAAGAAAUCCAUCGAAAACCGAGAACACCCGCUAGAACGGACGAGCAUAACACGGCAGACGCGACGCAUAGGCAUUCAACGGUGCGGAAUUCGAAGCAUAAGAGCAAAGCAUCACCUUGUCCAAGAAAGGCUAGCUGCCAAGAUCUAUCACAACAGCAACAACAAUGCGUCACAUGCUUUUACUAAUGCUUCAUCACUUCCACCAUCGUGGCGGCUCAUGUACUCAGUCAGCAUCCAGCAACCCGUAACAUCGUCGCCAGCAUUCGACUGCGCUUCGACCAGUAGUAGCAGCAACAGCAGUAGUGCAUCAUUACCACAGCAGCAUGACCAAUACAAUAACAAACAGUAUGCACGCUCUCCAUGCUCAAAUGCAGUGGCAGCAGUAGACCGUAAUCAAGGCACAGCCCGCUAUAUCACACCGCUAUGCCUCGCUGUGGACGUUUCCAUGUUGGGUCAACGCUCGUCAAAUAACAACAGCGGUUAUAAAAGGCUUAUCAAUCACCUUCCUCCGCUCUGCUGGAUCAGGCGCAAGUGGUGGGUAAGCAGACAGACAACGGCGAUAGCAACAUGAACAACACCUUUUGUUGUAUAUACUUGUACAGCGGACAUAUACAUUUACUAUGCUUAUACUAUAUUUCUAUACUCCUAAACACAUACUAGUAAUCUAUUGUUCUCUUAAUGAAAC